AUGGCCGACGCCGACGCGGAAAUUGUCGUCCAGGCCUUGGGCCGUCUGAGCUUCCUCGGCCAGGUCUACGAUGCCACCACGGGCACCCUCGGCAUCGCCUCGCUCUUCGACAAGACCAAGGUCGCCGCCGCCACCGUCACGACGCCGACGCCGAGGACCGAGGCCGAAGUCAAGAUUGUCAAGACGGCCAAGGAAAGGGCCCACCUGCUCAACGUCUCGGCCUCGGUCUCCGUUUCCAUCUGCGGAGGCACCGUCACCGUUCGUGGCUUCGGCGACUACCUCGACAGGUCCGACACGCGGGAGGAGUCCGUCACCAUCACCGGAGUCAUCCGAGGUCGCACCAUCCACAAGAGGCUCGACCUCAGCAACGAACCCCUCGUCACCAACGUCGUCCUCGACGGCGACCAGAUCAGGGCCUCGGGGGCAACCCACGUCGUCACGGCCAUAACCUACGGCGGCAGCGUCCUCGGCAGCUUCUCCCAGGGCAAGUCGGACGCGUCGUCGGACGAGAACAUCAAGGGCUCCUUCAGCCUGUCCAUCCUCCAGGGCAUCGCCGGCCUCGCCAAGGCCGAGGGCAGCGCCGACAUCACCAGCGAGCUCGCCAAGAAGGCCAAGGGCUACAGCGUCAGCACGACCCUCGUGGCCGACUACAUCGACUACGUCCAGACGACCCCCUACACGCCCGAGCAGGUCAUCGAGACCCUGCAGCAGGGCUUGCCCUUUUCCUCGGACGAGGGCGGCAACGUCGGCGUUCCCCUCGAGCUUGUGCUCACGCCAAUCUCUCGCUUCGACCGCCAGUCGUCGGCCCUCCUCUUCCAAGAGUUACAGGAGGAGGACCUGCUCCGUCUCAUGUCCAUGUACGACGACAUCGUCGACUUGAAACAACGCCGGACGACCAUCCGGAUCCAACUCGAGGCCGGCUCCGUGACCAACCCUGCCAUCCAAUACUUGACGCUCUUCCCAUCUUUUUCCGACGCCUGCGAGGCCCGAGAGUCCGCCGUGGAAGCCAUUCGCGUCCAGGCCAAAGCCGAGCUCGCCCGUUUUCUCCGCGACUAUCGCACCCUGACGAACACGACCAAGACGGCCGAAGAAUUCGUCGCGGAAUCUCGUCCCAAGUACAGCACAGAACUGGAUCUUUACGCCGCCGACUUUGACCAGUGGCAACAGCUGCUGCAGGUGGAGCAGGUGGCCAAGAAUCACAACUUCCCGCUCUGCCAGCUGUCCGACAUUGAGCUGGCCAUGAACAGACCCGGGCCGAAUUCCCUCAUCGUCGCCCUCACCCCACCGGCCGUGUCCAAGAUCAGCCUCCUCAACGCAUACCGCGCCUGGGGAGGCGACAUCAAAAGAUGGCAGGACAAGGAUGACGAGGGGAAUAAUCUCAAGGCGGAAUACUACACCUUGUACGCCGAUGCCGCUCUUGAUGUCCCGCUGCUGAAGCUCGACGGCACACGAUCCUCCAUCGCCUUGGCCCUCACCAAGGCCCGCGACGGCGCCAAGACCGUUCACCUCAAGUACGGCUAUCGGAAAGCCAACACGGCCAGCAAGGAUUGGACAAUGUUGAACCAAGACUGGUGGGGUAUCGUCGUCGACGCAAAGAUGAAGACCCGAUACAUUGGUGAAAUGAAGGACGGUGUACCCCACGGACACGGUGUCGUCACGUACGUGGACGGCACAAAGUACGACGGUGAGUGGUUCUACGGCCAGCGCGACGGCAUUGGGGAAAUCACCCGCGGCUCUCGCAUCAUUGCCCAAGGCCUAUUCUUGGACGGCGAAUACAGACCCGAAAAGGAGGCCAUCGACGGCGAGCUCUUGAAUACGAUGCUGUAUCCCUACUCGAGCAACAUCAUCGAGGUGAAUGCGUACAGGAAAUCGGAGUGGCUAGGCCGGGCAACCAUGGCGAUUGGCCUGGAUCACAUCUACAAGGUUGAAGGUACUGCCGCAAAGAUCGCGAGAGCGAUGGGUUGGAAGGAUGGUCAGAGAUUCCAGCUCACACCCCUCUACCUCUCGGCAUCCGGAACGGCGCGAUCACCCUAUGUUUUGGUCGUCAAUGGACCGAAGAUUGAGUCGGGUCCGUACCCUGAAGGCUACACAAGAAGCAAGAGAUGGCCCGACGAUUUGAUCGAGGACGUCCUGAACGACGCCGAUGGUGCUGAUUGGCUCGCCGACCGUAGCUUCACGAGGCGGCUCUCCAUGUUCACGCCGUUAAAGGAGUACCCGAUGCCGGGAAUUCUCACAAAACGGUUCCAAGCUAUCCAGAUUGAAGCGAUGGUGGUGGAAUCAGAAUGA